ACAAUUGCGAAAGAAACGACGGAAAAUCAUGUAAAUUGCGCAUUUAUUGUUGGAAAAAACGACAAAUAAAUUUCGAGGCUAUUUGCAUUUAAUUGUGCUGCUGUAAAAGUUUACCUUUUUGGGCACUGAAAUUCGAUAUUGGUAAGUCCUAGAACUGUAAACUGGAGGGCGCUAAGAAGAUAUUCAACGAACAAUAUGCUGUUUGCCUGCAAAAUGUAAUCUUCGCCUGAUGAUGCAACUGGCCACCGUUUAGAGUGUGCGGCGUUGUGGCUGCGAAUGUGCGAGACACAGUGAAAGAAGAAUAAAAAAAUACCGUGUGCUUUGACGAGGUUAGGGUCUUAGAAGGUAUUUGCGUGUGUUUGUGCUUGAAAAUCAUUUCCUAUUCAAAUGUCGGAGGGGAAAUUUAGUGAAUCAAUGGAAGUUGCAGCAAGUCAAUGUGAAAGAAAUGCGAUGUUAAUGGAAGAAAAUUACUUGUCUACGUCGAGCGCAAGCUCAGAUGAUUCAAGCAUAACGUCGUCAUCUUCUGACUCCGAAGAUGAAGACAACUCGGCUGAGGAAGAUUCAUUAGAAUUGGCUAAAAUCACUAAAGAGAUUUUGAGUCUACCUAGAGGUCUCUGUGAGAAUCAGAAUAUAUUUUAUGAAUUCUUUUCCUUGGAUACGUGGCGCGAGUUGCCUGUACAGGUGCAAAACCAUUUACAACAAUUUUUACCCCGAUUUACGCACUUAUUGCCGCAACAGUUAGCCGCUGUAGAACAAACACGGACUAUCUCUAUGCUCUUUAGCGAUGAAUUAAAACGAUUCGGACAAUCCCCGUUAGCCACUUUGCAACGGCAUUUAGAGGAGGGGAAUUGCCGACCGGACAUAUUAAAACUCAGACAAAGCAUAGCGAAAUCGAAGCGACGGGAACAACGUUUUCGGCAAUGUGAACAUCUCUCACAAUUGGCAAAGCAGUUGUUUCUAUCACGUCAGCGUUUGAUGCAGUCAGCUUAUCAAUCUGCUCCAGAUGCGGUGCUAAAAGUCGCGCAAAAUUCAGUCCUGCGACCUAAACCUGCCCAACUAUACGCUGAUAACAAACUGUCGGCAAUUAGGGCUCGCAAACGUUUUUAUUUCGAAAUUUCGCAAAUGAACCAACAGCUUGGGUUCAGAGAUGAAGAUCUAAGUGCUAAUGAGGGCGAAGAAGAUAAUCUCACUGCUGAAGAAUUAAAGCUUGAGCUCUCUACAAGUCGAACUUCUGAAGAAUCUGGCGACCAUCUAAAGCCAACCAACAGCAUUGCAGACCGUUGCAUUUACAGCACUCUUUUUAAACGACAAGAAAAUCUUGACGAUGAAGACGCUUGCCGUGCACAACUAAAAUCCAAGGUAGUGCGUUUGUGCAAUAGGAAUUUCCGAGAAUGUUUAAGGGAACAUAAACGAAGAAAAUUAACAGAACCGACUUUGCCAGAGUUCGAAACGUCGGAUAUACGGUUACGUGAUGUUUGUGCACGAGCCCAAGUGGGUGGCAAUUUCAAACGCGUGCUUUCCUUGGGGAAAACGCCAGGGCGUAAACCGAAACAUGGUACUGUUCUAUCUACCAAUAAAGAUUCUGUGGUAUGCACUGGUGCCAAAGCAGACAUUUCAGCAGAAAGCAAUGUAAAAUUAAGUGAACCUCCUGCUCUGGUACCCAUACAGCCUUUGAAGAAAGCUGAAACAUAUCAAAACGCCACGAGUCGAAGGGACUCACUAUCAACGGAUGCCAAUUUGAGUUUGCCUUUAAUGUCGAAUUCCGGUCAUGUGGAUAACAUAGAAUUGUGUAUGGGCGAUUCGUCUUUGUUAACAGCAGACAAUGAAGAUUUCAGCGUACUGGACGGAGAAGUGGAAUUACAACAAGAAGAGGUUGAGACUUUUUCGAGUACAUGUGAAGAAACUCUACCUGCCUUCGUGAUAUCCAACGAAGUACUACCAAAUGCCCAGGAAGUGCAGCAACAGCCAUCUAGUGACGCGAUAUCACCAGGCGUAACUACAAGUCACCCUCUUCCCAAACUAGAACCUAUUUCUAAAUCCAGUCCCUUAACGGAAGCCAAUCACACAAAGCAGAUGAAAACUUGUAACCAAAAAAUUUUUGCGUCUCCAACAAGAUGCGCAAAUGAACUUAUACAAGAAACCCAUGCUUCCUAUUUUUCCUUAAUUCGGGACUUUUUUUGUGCUACGCCAAAUCAUCGGAUGCGUUAUGAUGAAUUAAAAGGAAAAAUUGAAGUCUGGCUACGAAAUCCAAUCACAGCCCUGAACGAAUGGUACUCUCUGACCGAUAACUGGUCCACUUUAUUGCGAUCGGCCAUUAAUUUUUUGGUGGGCGAUUUUAUCGGCUUACCUGAAGAGUAUGUCCCAUAUAUAGAGUUCAAAGCGCAAAUAAACAUUUAUCAAUGGAUAGGUGCAGGCCGGGAUUCCGACAAUCGUUUAUCCAGCUUGUGUAAGACCUGGAUGGAAAAGCGGCGGCAACAAAGCGAAAGGGCUUUACCGUUCAUACAAAGUAGUGAAAUGAAAAUGGAUAUUACAUCGCACAAGAGCCCAGUAGAAAAUGAAGACUCUAGCGGAGGUUAUGAUAGCAAUGGUGGAAUUACUCCCCCGCCACCUCCCCCUCGAUGCCCAACGUCUUGGACCGUUAGGCCAGCCACGUUAGCAGAAAUUGCUGAAUUUCAACGACAAGAACGGGCACGUUUUGAACAGCCUCAUAAGGCAUACACAUACCGUAUGCAUGGAUACGAAAGCGUAGUAGGACCUGUGAAAGGCAUCUAUACACCAAUGUUGGCCUUGACUAAAGCGCGAGGUCAUAGUAUGAUGGUAGGGGAUCGCCCAAAUUUCGUUACGAUACUUACGCUAGUAAGGGAUGCUACAGCCAGACUACCAAAUGGUGAAGGCACUCGAGCCGAUAUUUCCGAAUUGCUUAAAUGCUCCCAAUAUAUUAACCGCGAUGCUGCCGAAAACGUUUUACAAACCAUUGUAAGUGGCGCCCUAGAUCGUAUGCAUACUGAGCAUGAUCCAUGUGUUCGUUACGAUCCCAAACGUAAAAUCUGGAUAUACUUGCAUCGCAAUCGUUCCGAAAAUGAAUUUGAACGCUUACAUCAGCAGAAUCAAGGAUUAGGAAAACCCAAAAAGCUGCCAUCGCGUAAAACCAGGACAACUCCAUUAAAAACAGAAGAUUCCCUUUCUGAGCAUAAAAUGCCAACAUCUAAUUUCAGAGAUAGCAACAACGGUUCUUUAAUAUCGUUGCCUGCUUUAGUACCUUCUAAUCCAAUAGUGAUAAACAGUGCCAAUUCUCGGCAGUUGCAAAAACAAAUAUCUCCUCAGCAACAAAAUGUAGUUCUAACCAAUAAGUGUCCACCGGUGCCGCCUUUGAAAUACAACAUUCCGCAUCACUCCAUAUCCCCCAGCGGUCAACAGCAACAAAAGUCUUUAUUAAAAAUUACAAGAAGCUCGAAUUUGCCGUUGACUGCAGCAAAUACUGCGACGAAGCAGUACAGUUUUCAAAUGCCUCAAUCUAAAGGAUCGGCCAUUAGUAACGAGGGGAAAAACAACUCUAUUAUUUUAGCAACACCUCAAGGCUUGCAAACAGUACAAGUAGCAACCAGUGCCAACAAUUCCGUUGUGCCAGCCGAAGCGAACAUAACAAACAUAACAAACUCAUCACACCAAUCAGUAGCACCGGUUACUGCAACUGCAACCCUAGGCGGCAAACGUGUUGCUCUCAAUAAGCCCAUUAUUAUUAAUCAAGUGAAUCAACAAUCUUCAUCUGGGAACCAUAGUAAACAUGCUGGAAAAUCCCCACAACAAGCUGUAAAACAAACGCAAUCCAUACAAAACCGUACAAAUUCACAGCAACACGGCCUUAUAAUGCCCAUAAGCUUGGCAAAUACAAUGGGUGUUGGCCUUUCUCAACAGACAAGCACUACAUUAAACAUUCAGGCACCCACUUCUACUGCAUCAGCAUCGAAUAAGAACUUCAUACGCUUGGUUCCUGCUUCGGGUGUAAAAUCUCUUCUUAGCACACCAACGGGACAUAUUAUAAGCAGACAACGCAUUUUAACAACCCCUAAUAAUACAGUUGUUUCCUCGGUAAAUAAUAUAAAUCGAAUUCAGCAUCCGCAGCAGCAAAAAACGCCGCCAGAAUUUCAGAUCGUUAACAACAAGACCAAUUCAAAUAAUAUCGUGACGAUAAAUAGCAGCGGUGUUGGGAGUGUUUCGGGUGUUGCGAGCGUUGCGAACAGUCCGAAUACGUCGGCUUCAAUUGUCAAGAUUCCCGGUCAAGCUUUUGCCAGCCUACAAUCUAAGAACAUUAUUGGACAACAACAUGUUAUGAUAAAAGGAACUAACACACAAACGUCAGUAAGCGGUCCAAAACCGCAACGACUGAUCUUGGGUAAUACCGGCACAAUUUUGUCAGCAACAGGAUCUCAGAAAAAUAUUGUAUUGCAGCAAGUGCCAAUUGUCUCAACUAGUGGUGCGACUGCAAACAUAUCGACAGCGCCAGCGCCAACCACAACAACAGCGCUGAACAAAAUACAGACAAUUAACGCCGCUAAUUUAACGCCUCAACAGCAGAGAGUGUUGAUACAAAAUCUCAAACAACAACAGCAAUCGAGUAACACUCAGCCGCAAAUACAAAUUAAAACUGUGCAAAUAGUGGGCGGGAAGAAUCCACAGCAACCUCAGCAUCAACAGCAAUCAACAAUUUCAGCAAUAUGCAACCAGAAUUUCACUAUUGGAACAGCACAGCAACAGCAAAUAGGAAUAGCAAAGACACUAGCUGCAGUGAUAACGAAAGACAACGGUGCACAACAACAGCAGCAACAACGAUUACCAAACCAACCGGCAAUUACACGGAUUAUCAAAACGGGUCCUCAAUUGAAAAAUGAAUCAAGUGCAAACAAUGUACGUGUUGUAACUAACACGCCAACUAAGCAAAUUAUAUCAUUGGAGAAUUUAAUGCAGAAGCAAAGCGGGGCGUUACGUAUUGGAGCAGGUGUAAAUCCUAUAAAAGUGAACGCUAAUGUGCAAGCCAGAGCUCAAACUCAUCUUUACCAACAACAACGGCAACCACAAUUUACUAUUGUUUCUGUGCCGCAAAGUGUCAACAAUAACAUAAUAACGUUAAGUGGCAGUAAUAUGACAAUGGGUCAACGCGUUAUUACCACCCAAGCAGGCCAGGGUCACGUAGGAAGCUCCGGCGCAGUUAGAGCGACGCAAACUAUUACUUCGCCUGUAGGACGUGUGCUUACACCCGGCACAAAAGUUCUAACAACAAAAACUAUGGCAGCCCACUCUUCUUCUUCUCCUUCGCCCAUACGUAUAAUAAAUGCCGCGGGACAAACUAGUAACUUCAGUUUGGCAAAUCUGCAAGGCAAGCAAGUAAUUUUGGCUACAACUAACAAACCUUUAAUGACAGCAGUAAAAACUCAAUUGCCAUUAAGCACACAAGAAGAGAGUACAAAUUCAAUAGUCGACAGCCAUACCGUCAAAUUGCAGCACACAAACAAUAAUGUAGCCCAAGCCAUUAGUAAAACUGGGCAAGUCAUUAAAGCUUCGCCAUCAAUAACGUCUCCGUCAACGGGGGGUACUACUGCACCGCUACAAACCGUUAUUAUGGGGAAUCAAGUGCUACGUGUACAGCAAAUGCCUCAAAUAAUAACAAAUCGUUUAGCAACAAUUAGUAAUAAUAAAGCGGCGGAAAUUUCCGGCAAACAAAAUAACACUAACACUAACGCGGCAGCCCAAAAAACCAUAUUAGUCAGCUCUGCUGGUCAAACGCUACGUCUGCAGACGUCGACAACUGCAGCAGCAACAGCAACAACAAACAAAAACAUUGUUAUACAAAAUAGCAAUACUCAACAAAUCAACAACAAUACAUCAAGCAGCUCAAAAGGUUUUUCUUCGCAAGCGCCGAAUCGCGUUGUCUUAGCCGUACAAGGCGGUGGUCAAAUAUUUCUCUCACCUACAUUUCAAAAUAGCAAUUUAAACUUGAAAGCUUUGCAAAACAUGAAAUUCGUUUCGGUUACUAAUUCAAACAACAGCAAUACAAAAGUAAACAGCAUAACAUCCGCGACGAUUACGAGCGCAUCAACAACGGCAACAACAAAUGAACAAAACUAUCUAAUGGGAAAGGAAAAGACGGCAACUGUAGCAACAGCGACUGAACUUCAGAAUUCAGAAAAUGUUGAAUGUAACACAGAUAACAAAGAAAAUUCCAUAAAAACACAGUUGAAUUGUAAGGAUUUUGAAGAAACUUCAAUCGAAUUGAAACUAAAUAAAGCGAAACCUGUAGCGAAGGAUCCCGAGGUAUUGGAGGUAUUGGAGGAUGAUAGUUGUAACAAUAGCAACAGUACAAAAUACAGUGACGACACUUUACAUUCAGCAACAAAGUCUUCGACUUCCUUGUCGCUCUCCUCCAGUACCUCGAAUUUAACACCAAGCAAUAAUAAUAAAAAAAUCAGAAAACGACAUCAGAAAAUCGAAGAAGGAGGGGAAAAAGACGAUACACAUCAAGAAGGAGAAGAAGAGACCGAUCCUGCCAAGGAAGGAAGGAAGGAAGCAGAAGAGCCAAAAUUCUGUGUAGCGUCAAAUAAUACUACGAAUUUUAAAUUACGUAUUGUACCUUUGGAAAAAUUACUCGAAAAACCUCUACCACAACAACAGCCUGAGGAAGAAGAAGCCUCAUUACUGCGCUCUUCUGAAAACAAGGAAUCUAAAUCUGAAAACAUUAAAAGUAAGCGUUUGCCGCGUCGCUCUACCUGUAAGCCAGUAGCAGUUUUCGAUUCCACCGAGAGUGAAGAAGACGUCGAGGUAAUAUCUUCGAGCGAAAGUGAAAAAGGGAAGCAUACAAGAAAAAGCAAUUUAAGGGAUAAACAACACAUUAAAAAACCAUUAGGACCGCCCUCGCCAUCUACGGUUAGACGUUGCUUGGUGAAAUUGAAACGCUUCACAUUACCUUUAAACGUAAAACAGAACAUCACGAACAAAAGCAAGGGUCGUAAAGGGGGAAAUUCGCCUACGAUGUAUGGUAACAAAGAAAUCAUGUUUGAAAAACCAUCCACUUCAUCUGGUAGACGUAAAGAGAAAACUUCGGAUGAAGAAGAUUCUGAUUUUGCAUUCGAACUAAAAAUAUCUGAAUCAAAUCAUUCUGGGGAUGACAAUGAGGAUUCCGAUGGUGUCGCGAAAAGUAGUAGUGAUAGUGAGAUUAUGCCAACGAGAAAACGUAGAGUUUUCCGCAAAGAUUCAAAUGCCUCAGAUUCGGAUUUCCAACCAGAACCUAAAGAGAAAAAGAAGCGACGGCGCGUUAAACGAGAAUCUAGUGAUGAUAGCGAUGAAGACGAGAAAAAGGGGGGAAAUAAACGCAAACAUAUACGUAAAAUCAUGCGAACUGAAGAUCUUGAUGUGAGCACAAAAACCGCUACUAAGGAGGAAGAAGAAAGAAGAAGGCGUAUAGAAGAACGUCAAAAACUUUAUAACAAAAUUUAUGAAAAACAAGAUAGUGUGGAGGUGACAGAGUUAGUGUUGGAUUUUGAUCCAGAAACGAAAGAAACGCUACUGGAAGUGGACAGAGGGUUGCUUAAAAAAUUGAAACCUCACCAGGUUACGGGAGUCAAAUUUAUGUGGGAUGCAUGUUUUGAAACCAUUAAAGAUGCUCAAGAAAAGCCUGGGUCGGGUUGUAUAUUGGCUCACUGCAUGGGAUUGGGUAAAACUAUGCAAAUAGUGACUCUUAGCCACACAUUAUUAACUAAUUCACGUAAAAGUAAUGUAGAACGUGUGCUUGUAAUUACUCCCUUGAGUACGUUAAAUAACUGGGCGCGUGAAUUCAAGCACUGGAUGAGCUUUGCUCGUAAACGCAACAUUGAAAUCUAUGAUAUGUCCAAAUAUAAGGAUAAGCAAACAAGAAUUUUUAAAUUGAAUGAAUGGUUUGAAGAAGGCGGCGUUUGCAUAUUGGGCUAUGAUAUGUACCGCAUCUUGGCUAAUGAGAAAGCAAAAGGUUUACGUAAAAAGCAACGGGAACAAUUGCAAAACUCACUUGUAAAUCCUGGGGCCGAUUUGGUUAUAUGCGAUGAAGGACAUUUGCUUAAGAACGAGAAAACUUCAAUUAGUAAAGCGGUAACACGCAUGCGCACCAAAAGGCGAAUUGUGUUGACUGGCACUCCAUUGCAAAAUAAUCUUAAAGAAUAUUACUGCAUGAUCCAGUUUAUUAAACCUAAUUUAUUGGGUACUUAUAAAGAGUAUCUAAAUAGAUUCGUCAAUCCCAUUUCAAAUGGCCAAUAUACAGAUUCCACUGAAAGAGAUAUACGUUUAAUGAAACAUCGCUCUCAUAUAUUGCACAAAUUAUUAGAAGGUUGCAUUCAAAGGCGAGACUACUCGGUAUUGGCGCCAUACUUGCCGCCUAAACAUGAGUACGUUGUGUACACUACUUUAUCCGAAUUACAACAACAAUUGUAUGAACACUAUAUGGUGCAUCAGCGUGAUAUAACUAGCUCAGACUUGAGCGGCAAGGGAGCUCGUCUGUUUCAGGACUUUCAAGAAUUGCGACGAAUUUGGACGCAUCCCAUGAACAUGCGCAUCAAUAGUGAUUCGGUGAUACGUAAGAAAGUCUUGAAUAAUGAAAAUGAUUCCAUGGAUGAUUUUAUAUGUGACAAUGAUGACGAAGAAGAGGAUAUAGGGUCAACUUCAGAGUCCUCAGUAUGCUCGUCUAAAUCAUUUGGCAGUGCAGGUGGUGCGGGCGAUACGAAACGUAAAGUUGUGAAGACUCGUAAUUAUCGCAAGAAUGCCCGCGAGCUCGGCGAAGUUAUUGAUGGCAGUGAUAGCGAAGAAGUUCAGCCACCACCUAAUGACGAUCCCUCGGAAUGGUGGAAGCGCUUUGUAGCGGAAAAGGAACUUAAUAAUAUCAAUCACUCGCCUAAAUUGGUCAUCUUAAUGAGGUUAUUGCAAGAGUGUGAAGCUAUUGGUGAUAAGGUUUUGGUAUUUUCUCAAUCGUUGCAAUCUUUGGAUACAAUUGAACAUUUUUUAGCGUUAAUUGAUAGCAAAACACGCGGUCACGAAUAUGAGGGUGAUGUGGGUGACUUUAAAGGAUUUUGGCGUGUGGGAACAGACUACUUUCGUUUAGAUGGUUCUUGUUCAGUAGAACAGCGUGAAACUAUGUGCAGAAAAUUUAAUGAUUCUUCAAAUUUACGUGCCCGUCUUUUCCUCAUUUCCACGAGAGCUGGCGGUUUGGGGAUCAACUUGGUUUCAGCAAACCGUGUAGUAAUUUUUGAUGUGUCAUGGAAUCCCUCACAUGAUACUCAGAGUAUAUUUCGUGUGUAUCGUUUUGGCCAAGACAAGCCCUGUUAUAUAUAUAGAUUAAUAGCCAUGGGAACUAUGGAACAAAAGCUAUAUGAACGCCAGGUAGCUAAACAAGCUACCGCUAAACGUGUUAUUGAUGAGCAACAAAUUUCACGUCACUAUAAUCAAUCUGAUCUAUUGGAAUUGUAUACUUAUGAAUUAAAACCUAGCAUGCCUCGUGAAAUACCCAUUUUACCUAAGGAUCGUCUCUUUGCAGAGUUAUUAUCGGAACAUGAGCACUUACUUUUUAAGUACCAUGAACACGAUUCGUUGCUGGAAAAUGAAGAAAGUGAAAAUCUUAGUGAGGCUGAACGUAAAGCAGCAUGGUCUGAAUAUGAAGCGGAAAAAACGCGCACAGUGCAGACGGCGCAAUAUAUGGCCUACGAUCGCAACGCGUAUGGUGGCCAAUAUGGAAACGCUUCGGGCAGUGUCACAUCCAAUAAAAUAUUCGGUUUUCGCACCGACGUUUUAUUGCAACUAUUAAACAUGAAGGUAGCCAAAGAUAAUCCCGAAUUGACUCAGACAGGUAUACUACAGUUGGUGCCCACAUAUUUGCAGCAGUUGUACACAGAAAUGAAUAGUGGUGACCCUUCUAUGUAUAAGGAAUUGUUAAACUUACAUGCGACCUUGGCUCACCCGAGCGGCAUGUAUAUGAACCCGUUAUUGUAUGUGAACCAAAAUCCAGCAGCAGCAGGCUAUUUCCAAGCAGGGCAGCAACCGGGAGGAAAUGGUUUAGUUAAUCCCAUGCAAGCCCCUAUAGCCAAUAUACCACCCCACACCGCUUCCGGCUUUGAUCCCAAUCAAGUUUACGAAAUUGAUUAGAAACCUAUGCGAAGACAUAUUCAAAUAUUUAGAUAAACAUCUAACCUCACUCAAGUGACUUUAAGAGUUUUCGUCUUUAGUUUUUUGUUUUUCUAUUUCGUACAAGAUCCUACACAUACAGCACAAAGCUAUUCUAACAUAGCACUGAUCUUUCAAUAAACUGAAUUGAUAUUUGUCCUCUCCACACUUGUUCUAAUUUACGAUUUAAUUUUUAUUUUCCACAUUGCUUUGAUGCGUUUUUCAUAAAGCUUUCAAUACAUUUAUAUCGUUUUGCAGUGCAUUCAAUUAUAAUUAGUACGUAAAUCCUUGACUAAUCAACAUAUUUUAAUAUUUAAUAAG